AUGGAAGAAAAGAACAUCUUCCACAGAGACAUCAAACCUUCAAAUAUCCUUCUGGAGUUUGGCAGUGGAGAAACCAGGGCCAAGUUCAUCGACUUUGGAAUCAGCUCCAUUUUCACACCGGGAGAGAAGUUUACGGACCCACAAUGCACGCCAUCGUUCAUGUGCCCGGAGUGGUUCAGAGAACACUCCAUCUCGGCUAUCCCCACCACAGUGUGGCAGCUGGGGCUGGUGCUCCACAUAAUGCUCUACAACAAGAGGCCUCUGGUCCGAGAGAGCUCCAUCGGCUCCUUGCGAGCGGUGCCCCUCUCGAAGAGUAUCCCCUUUGUCAGGCGGCUUUUGGAAGAGCUGAUCUCUCUGUGGGAGGAACACGAGAGACCGACCCAGGUUUGGUGCCGCUUCAGCGGGGGACUCGCUGCAGAGCGGGGUCUGGCACCUUUUGAACCGCUCUGGGGUCAUUGGUCAUCUGCCACCGCCCAUGGUCCAUCACAGGGUGUGAUCCAAACCCCCAUGAUCUUGGGGGUUUGGACACCCUCACUCUUGGAGAAGAAGGCAUGUAAUCACAGCACUGCUCUAGAGUGGGGGAUGCUGCCCCCUGAGGUCAGGGCAGAGCACUGCUGUGGUCACAUGACCUCUGCUCUAAGAGGAAGAGCCAGGAUCAAAGGAUCGCCCUCAGUUUGGUCCGGGUCAUUCCCUGAGAUGGACCUCAGGCUGUGGCAGAUGACCCACGAUCACACAGCAGUCACUCGACGAGAGCGAUCCAAAAUCCCAGGUCAGCCUCUGUGUCCUCUGAGGAGAGAUCAGCUCCUCCCAGAGACCUCCUCAGAGUUCCUGUUCACUAUAACAAAAGACUAG